AUGUACGGUAUACAAAUUACGUGCUUGGAAGCUACGGCGCAGCGUUUGAAACUUCUUCCAAAUUGCACAGCUAUGACGAUCAAUUUCAGUGCGAAUCCACAGUUUCUUGGCCUUGGGGAUCUUCUUGCGAGCGCGGUGGGCGCUGCUCAAGUAGGAGCGAGAGUAACCGGUCAAAUAUUGAGUAGUGUAGGAGUUGGUCUGAACAGUGCAGGAGCGGCGAUAGUGGACAAUUAUAUGAUGUUUGGCCCCGAAAACUCACAAAACCAAAACGGAGGAGUAGUCCAACAAAAUUAA